AUGGCAGCGCUUCCGAGAGCCAGCUGCUGGCUGGGGCUGUUGCGUUUUCUCAGACCUGGUACUCCAGUUCAAGAGCAGGCGCCUGCUCAGCCUGGCGGUGGCUGUUUACACUACGAGGACAGACGGGACGCCGCGAAUGAAGUGGCCUUGGAGGGCGGCGAAGGUGAUGCGGUCUACUUCCAAAGCGUGCGGCCCGGGUCUCGGGCCGCUGAGCUCGGCGUGCGCAAGGGCGACGAGGUGCUGCAGGUGAAUCUCAUCGAUCCCAAGAUCUUGUUCUGGCGUCCUGCAGAGGAAAUCCUUCCGGCCAUUGUUGGCCCUGUCAUGCUGAAGUGGAGGGCAAGGCCUCCGCAGAAGGUGGGGGAGAAAACAAGGAUUAACUCGAAGCCCAUCAAGCUGCAUUGGCACGACGACGAAGCCGACCUGGAAGAGGUAGUGCCCGAGUACCCCAAAUCCCGUGCUCAAGCUCUUGAAGACGGUGAGUGGAACUGUCCUCGGUGCCAGCUGAACAGGGUAUGGGGCGAGCAUACUGGUCGCAGUUCAGAUUUCAAGGCGGUGUGGCUCUUGCGACGCGAAGAACUUCGACACUCAGGCACUGCCGCCGCUGUGGUCUCCGUGACUCACGCUUGCAGUGACCUCACGAAAGGCUGGAAAUCUGGAGAUGUCAUAGCGACCGGCAUGACGCACUCGGUGUCCUGCGACCUUGCGAUCGCAAUGAGCUGUGAUGUCCAGCCGGUGUCUUGGGCUUGUCCAGAUGCCUGUGACGCAGCUUUGCUGGUCUACAACUCAGUGCAACUCAUUCACCAAGCUGCAAUCGUUGACACGGACUCGGUGUCCAUGCUUUGCAGGAUAUUCGGGCUUGGUGAUCCAGACCAAGGAAUUCUGGCGAAUCUUGGCCUUUCCUGGCCAGUAUGGACCAUGUUUUUCUUCCUUCUAGGCCUCAUCGAGCCAGCUAUUGCUGAGCUUGGUGGCCCAGCGGCAGUGGGGCUCCCAGCUUUGAUAGGACAGACCAAAGCUUGCGAACGUCUUGUGCUUGUCGCAGCCGCCAAGGAGGAGGCCAUCCAAGUUAUCGUGUCCCUGGACCAGUCACAGCAGGCCGACCUGGCGCAGACCAUCCAGCAGCUUGCCAGUAGAUUCAGCGGGACAUUUCUGGUCGUUCUGCGCACGCCCACACACAGUGGCGUACCAGAGAAGAAGCAGAAGCGGAUUGAGACCGACCAGAACCCCUUCGAGCUAGUUCGACGUUUGAGCCAAGUAGCUGAUCAGCGUCGCUUCAGCGAUGUGCAGAUUGCCGGCAAUGAUCCCCACAUCAUUGAGCCCUUGAAGGCGGAGGCGCGGGAGCUGCACCGAGAGCUGGAGCGAUAUUCGACCAAAGCCAUGGAAGCUCACAAGGCACAAACUGCUAUGGCCACGAAAGUCGCGGAUGCCAAGGCCCAGCUUUGCAGCGAAGCGGACCGAUGUGUGGACCUCCUCCAUGAGCUUGAUGAGAAAGAGACCGAGCACCGCUCACUCUCGCGUGAUCUUCAAAGCCUCAAGGAGGAAAUGAAGCAUGAAAGCACCGCGGCUCUCAAUCAUCAAGAGGCCCUGAAGGGCCUCGGUGAUGAAAUUGAAGAGGAGAGACGGCGGUACCGCAGUCUUCAGAUGAAUCACAUCGAUCUGAAGGCCGAGUUGGACCAAGCACAACACUCGUCCUCCAAAGUUGAGACGUCGAGCUGGAAGCGCACUGCCAUGAUGGCAAAGCUGACACGGUUGCAGGAAAAGGUUCACUGUGAUCGGACAAAGCUGGCCGAUUCCAGGCGCAACUUUGCAGUGGAGGAGGCCUGUGCUGCAAGCCUGCGACAAGAGCUGGAGGAAGCGCAGGAUCUGCUCUCCCAGAGGGACCUUGACCUUUCGGGUUGCGAGGAAAGCUUUGCCACAACAGAGGGAAUCUUGCAACAAGCAGAGUCCGAGCUCGACAGCUGCACCAACGAGCUGAAGGCGACGGGCCGUUGCUGGACUGCCAAUCAGCUGUUUCGGCCUCGAGUGCCAUGCAAGUCUGCAGAACGCCUCAUCUGGGCCCAUUCUUCAUUAAAGCUGCCAAGGAAGCACUACCCUGAAAAAUCCUCCGGUAGGCUAGGGAAGGCCAAGAUUUGUUAUAGUCUUACUGUUGCAUUUCUCUGUUGGCAUUCCGCAGCGAUGGCCAAUUCUUGA